AUGGACCAGAAUAAUGAAACUUCAACUGACUUCAUCCUCCUGGGACUCUUUCCCUGGUUUGGACAUCCUUCCCUGCUCAUUCUCAUCAUCCUUCUCUUUUAUACCAUUGCCUUUGCUGGAAAUUCCAUACUAAUCCUCCUCAUCUGGCUGGAUGCCCGCCUUCACACACCCAUGUACUUCUUGCUCAGUCAGCUCUCACUCAUAGACCUGGCUUACAUCUCCAGCACAGUCCCCAAGACAGUCAUCAACUACUUCACAGGGAAGAAAAACAUUUCUUAUUUUGCCUGUGUCACACAACUCUUUUUCUUUCUUACCCUUAGUCUUGCUGAGUGUAUCCUGUUGACCCUCAUGGCCUAUGACCGCUAUGUGGCUAUUUGCAACCCCCUAAGAUACACAGUCCUUAUGAGCCCUAGGGUCUGUUUGCAGAUGGCAUCUGCAGCCUGGAUUGGGGGAGCUCUUGCAGCCCUUGUCCACACGAUCUACCCUAUGCAUUUCCCUAUCUGUGGUUCCAGAAAGAUAAAUCAUUAUUUUUGUGAGAUGCCUGCCAUCCUGAGAAUGUCUUGUGUGGACAUAUCGACUUAUGAGAUGGUGAAAUUUGUGUCAACUAUUGUGUUUCUCCUGGUCCCAUUUAUUCUGAUUCUGUCCUCCUACACCCUCAUCUUCCUCACUGUCCUCAGGAUGAACUCUCGCAAGGGCAGGAACAAAGCCCUGGCCACCUGCUCCUCCCACCUGACAGUGGUGAGUCUCUAUUUUGGUCAGGCCAUGUUCAUCUACAUGACACCCAAUUCUUCUCUAACACCUGAGAAAGACCAGGUAGGAGCUGUGCUUGGCACCAUAGUGACCCCCAUGCUCAACCCACUCAUCUACAGCCUGAGGAACAAAGAAGUGGUGGGGGCUCUGAGGAAGUGUUUAGGAAGAUGUUGCAAUUGA